AUGGCGGGUUUUCCCAUUUCUGAACAUUUCACUCAUAACAUGGAUCAAUCACCGGGAGGUUUUGGUGUUAGCAAUGCAACUCCAAUAGAGGAGACUGGUGAUGAACAUGUGGAACAAUUAGUGGGGGUGCAACAUCUAGAAGACAUUAACGAUGUUGAUGUCGAAAUUGUUUCCGAACAAAAUGUCAACACCACCGGGCAAAGGAAAAACCAAUCAUGGAUCAUAGCUGAAGACAAAGCACUUGUAUCGGCCUACAUAAACGCAGGGGGUGACGUAGUGAGAGGAACCAAGACAAAGAGAAGUGGGUUAUGGGUUGACAUCUAUAACCACUAUGAACGUUCUAGAAUAGAAAACCCCACUGAAAUAAAGGUAAGAAACAUUAAAUCUAUGCAAAAUCGCUGGGAUCAUAUAAAUUCACAUUGUAGUAAAUGGGUAGAUGCACAUGGGUAUCAUUAUCGAACCAAGGGUAGUGGUGAGUCCGAGCAAAAUUUGGAGAAUUUUUCUCACAAAGAUUACUACGCAACUAACAACAAGAUGUUUUGUUUAUUGCACUGUUUUGAGGAGUUGAGAAAAUAUCCGAAAUGGGAUCCAUCUUUGGCCAAAGAUCAAUCGACUAUGUUACCAAGUGGCCAAUAA